GGGAGGGCAGUAGGAGGCGCGGCCUCGACGUCCAGGUUGCAGGUGGCAUGGCCAUGCCUAGCGUCAGGCUGCCUGUGAGUGUUUUAAGAAAGCCAGAUACCUGGCUCCGACUGUUUGCGACACCUUCCUCACAUACGCUCCACACGCCCUGGAAUCGAUACUUAUAUUUCUCUAGUACCAAGUUAAGUGCAAAUUACAAAACACUUUUGCAUAAUGUUUUCUCACUAAGACUCCCUGAACUUUUCAUUUCUCCAGAAAAUAUUUUUCCAUUAUCCCUAAGACUCAAAAGCAGUAUUAGCUCUAAAAAGUCCACUAAAAAAGCUCUGCAAAAAGUAGAAGAUGAAGAGGACUCUGACGAAGACAUUGAUCAUGAGCUGAGUGCUCAGGGAGAGGAAUUGGAAGAGGACCCCAGUGUGCCCAAGGAUUACAAGGACCUGGAAAAGACCGUGCAGUCUUUUCGGUAUGAUGUGAUCAUGAAGACAGGCCUGGAUGUUGGAAGAAACAAAGUGGAAGAUGCUUUCUACAAAGGGGAACUCAGGCUCAAUGGAGAAAAAUUAUGGAAGAAGAGCAGAACGGUGAAAGUGGGAGAUGCACUGGAUCUUGUCCUGGAGGAGAAUAAAGAUGCAGAAACAGAGACUGUAAUGCGGGUUCUCCUGAAAAAAGUGUUUGAGGAGAAGACGGAAAGUGACAAGUACCGAGUGGUGCUGCGCCGGUGGAAGAGGCUUCAGCUACCGAGGAAGAGGGCGGCUAAGUGAAAAAGGACAGUGCCCCUUGAGCUUCAGAAGAGGACUUUCCAAUAAAAUAAAAUGCUCUUUUAUCUGA